AUGGUGGCCCGCUCGCCCGCUCGGCACGGAGGCGGCAGGCGGCGGUGGCCGCGGGCGGCCGCCUGGCUGUGGCUGGCGGCGGCGCUGGGCGCAGUGUGGCCGCCGCGGGGCUCGCUGGUGCUGGGCCGGCGGCUGAUCUGCUGGCAGGCGGUGCUGCAGUGUCAGGGGGAGCCCGAGUGCAGCUACGCGUACAACCAGUACGCCGAGGCGUGCGCCCCGGUGCUCCUGCAGCAGCAGCCGCCGGCGGCGGGCGGCGGGGAUGGCCCGACGGGCGCUGCAGGCGCAGCCGCCCCCUCCAGGCGGCGGUGCCCCAGCCACUGCAUCGCGGCGCUCAUCCAGCUCAACCACACCCGGCGCGGCCCGGCGCUGGAGGACUGCGACUGCGCGCAGGAUGAGAACUGCCGCGCCACCAAGCGCGCCAUCGAGCCCUGCCUGCCCCGCACCAGCAGCCCCGCGGGCAGUGGCCCCGGCGGGUCCGGCCCCGGUGGCCCCGGCGUCAUGGGCUGCACGGAGGCGCGGCGGCGCUGCGACUGGGACAGCCGCUGCAGCCUGGCGCUGAACCGCUACAUGACCUACUGCGGGAAGCUGUUCAACGGGCUGCGCUGCACGCCCGAGUGCCGCGCUGUCAUCGAGGACAUGCUGGCCGUGCCCAAGGCCGUGCUGCUCAACGACUGCGUCUGCGACGGGCUGGAACGGCCCAUCUGCGAGUCGGUCAAGGAGAACAUGGCACGCCUCUGCUUCGGCGCCGACAUGGGCGGCAACAGCGCGGGCAGCAGCGGCGGCUCGGAUGGCGGCCUGGAGGAGUACUACGACGAGGACUACGAGGAGGAGCCGAGCCAGAAGGGGAGGGACGACGCGGAGGACAAUGCCGGCGCCGAUCCCGGCUUCCCAGUGCAGGCGGAUAGCGCUGGCCGACCCGCCGCGGCGGCCGCGGCGCUGCUCGCCUCCGUCUUGCUGCCCCUGCUGCCGCGGCUCUAGUAUCCCUCCCUCUUCGCAUCCCUCCGUGCCUCCCUCUGUCACUGACUGUCUUCACCACUGCCUCCCUCCGUCCCCACCGCCGGGCCGGGCCGG